AUGUUACGGAAAAUCCAUUCAGUACUUCAUCCAAGUUCCUGCAGUCGAGAUCUUGUAGAAGGAAAUUCAUCUUAUAAUGGGACAAUAUCCCCUGUGCGACUGGUUCGCAGUACAUCUAUGUAUGUGGUCAGUCAUGGGAGACAAACUUUCAGUGAAUCCUUAAAAAAGUACAAAAGUAUCGCAGACAUUGAUGUUUCUGGUGGCUGCCAAUAUAAAGAUGAUGACAAAGCAUGGAUGCUUGCGAAGACACAAGACUUUUUGCAGUAUCUUCAGGAUCUGUUAGCUCUUAGAAAAAAAUAUCUGACCAGUCUACACACCUUAAGGUCCAUGACCGCCACACCUGAAUACUGCCCCUCAUCCACCUCAUCUUCCAAAGAAGGGAAAAGGUUAGCAGCAAAUCAGACAAAAGAUCGCAAGGACACAAAGGGGAAUUCAAGGCAACAUCCCAAUUCUGAUAUCUUGGAAGCAAUAGCAUAUUUUGACUCUGUUAUUGCGGAACUUGACUCAGAAAGGAGAAUAAGAGAACCCAGCAGUAUAUUCAGAAAUGCAGAUGUGGACUUUGAUGUGGCCACCAGUAGCAGAGAACAUAGCUUGCAUUCCAAUUGGAUACUGCGGGUGCCUCGAAGGACCAAUGAUGAAUUCUCCAGAACAACAGUCGCUAACAGUCAGACAUGGAGAACCAGCAAUGGAACAACGAGCAUCAAGAGAAUAGAGAGAUAUCCAAUCUAUUUGCCGAAGGCUGUAGAAGGGGCCUUUAAUACCCUUAAAUUUAAACCUAAAUCCAAAACAAAAUGA